AUGGCCAAGGCCGCCUCCAUUCCCUUGCUGAUAUGCGGAGACUUCAAUGCGCCGCACACGCAAUGGGGAUACGGAGCCGACUCGCCGAAAGGGAAGAGGCUAGCCGGACUGAUGGACGAGCUCGGCCUGACUGUACUCAACGAAACUGCUUCGCACACCAGGAUCGGACAGGGAGUGUGCCGCGACACGUCCGCCGACCUCUCCGUUUGGUCAGGCGCGGGCGUGGUCACUUGGUCGAACUCCUUCGAGGACCUGGGGAGUGACCACAGGAUCCUGUGCGUGACCGUGGGAGAGGAUGAAAGCGAGGAGGGCGUCUGCCGAAAGGCGAUAUCGGGGAUGCUCUCUGUGUCACAGUCACUGAAGGUGAAGAAGAAGACCACCACGGCAUGCAGCUCGGAGUGGACGCCAGCGGCGCCAGCGUCCCGCCAGUGCACAGCAUUCGGUGACACGCUUGCCGGCCAACGAAUGAGGACCGCUGGCGGGCCACGGCUGCUGCUGCUGCUACUGCAGACGGCAGCGCUGGCAAACGGGCGGCCACAGGAGAGCUUGGUCGGCCAUGCAAGCCAGCACCAAGAGCUGGCGGUCGUGUCGGGCCGCAGCUUGGUUCCCGUGCGCACGCUGGACGGCGACGUGGCCUGGGUAGAGGCGCGCUUCCUCAACGAAACGCACAUGAGGAGCUUCAAGCACCAGGCCAAGCCAUUUGCACUCGUCGAGAAGGUGUCCAUCAUCAUGCCCGUUUUGACGUUCCUUGUGCCUUUCUUGGUCUGGAUGUUCUGCAUGGUGAUCUGCCUGCAUCGGUCACACCAGAGGCACUCCUACUACUGAAGAUGCGUGCAGGGUUGCGCAGAAACAGCUUUUCAAGACAGUGCGACCACACGCGACCAAGGGCGCGCCCAGCUGCAUGUUGCCGCUAUACCAUCGUGUUACCGAGCGAAGCAGUGGCAUUGUACAGAUCCACUCAUUUGGAAGCCCCGCAUAGCGGAAACCCCUACCCGUACCUGCUCCCGAAGAAUAAAA